UAAACAGUCUCUGGUGAAACGGGAUCCGCUUUCAGCCCUAUGCGUGACGUCACAGCGUCGCCUCGCUGCAUGUAAACAAAGCGCCGCAGCAGCAGCGGUGUUGAUGGAGACGAACUGAGAGGAAUCAGAGGAGAAAAGUGGAUGAAGUUUGUUCUGUUGGAUCAGGAGCUGAUGACAGUGGGAUGGCAGUGAGAUCAGACUGAAACGGAACCAGCAACAUGUCUAUGGAAGACCCGUUCUUCGUCGUCAAAGGGGAGGUUCAGAAGGCAGUGAACGCAGCACAGAGCCUCCACCACAGAUGGAGCGAGCUGCUGCAGGAAGGGGGCGGUGCCUCCAAGGAGGAAAUGGACUGGACAACCAAUGAGCUGAGGAACAGUCUGCGCUCCAUUGAGUGGGACCUGGAGGACCUGGACGAGACGAUCAGCAUCGUUGAGUCCAACCCAAAGAAGUUCAACCUGGACACUGCAGAACUGUUGAAGAGGAAGGCCUUCAUCACCAGCACCAGACAGACGGUCAAGGAAAUGAAAGAACAGAUGUCGAGUCCAGGUGCGUCUUCGGGGGACAGAAAGAACCAUCAGGCGCUGCUCGGUGAGCGUGGCCCUCAGGGUCCGAUCUGGCAGCCCGGAGCUAACAAAUACAGCCGGCUGGACAGCCAACUGCAGAACGCCAACACUCAGUGCAUCGAGGAGCAGCAGGGCCAGCAGCAGCUGAUUGCAGAGCAGCAGGACGAACAGCUGGAGCUGGUGUCGGGAACAAUCGGAGUCCUGAAGAACAUGUCGGAGAGGAUCGGCAUGGAGCUGGAUGAGCAGUCUGUGAUGUUGGAUGACUUCACUCAUGAGGUGGACAACACUCAAUCCAGAUUGGACAAUGUCAUGAAGAAACUGGCUAAAGUGUCGCACAUGACCAGUGAUCGUCGUCAGUGGUGUGCUAUCGGUGUGUUGAUUGGAAUCCUGUUCGUCGUCCUCCUCCUCUUCUUCAUCCUCUGAUUGAUGCCUGCUCCUGUCAGCUCUCCUCAAUCUGUCUACUGGAGUCCACCGGAUCCUACGAGACUCUACCGGACUAAGCAAGACUCUACUGGACUCCACCAGACUCUACCAGAGUCAACUGGACUCUACCAGACUCUUAUCACACUCCACCUGACAAUCUACUCUAUCAGACUCUUAUCGGACUUUUCUCGACUCUAUCAGACUCUUAACGAGACUAAACAAGACUCCACCGGACUCUACAGGACACGACUGAACUCUACCUGACUCUAUUGGACUGUACUGAUCUCUAGAAGACUCCACCAGACACUACUGGAUUCUAUUGUACCCUUCUGUACCUCCACCAGACUUAAUUGGACUCUCCUGAUCUCUAACGGACUCAACCAGACUCUAUCACACUCUACCGGACUCCACCGGACUCCAUCGGACUUUAUCGGACUCUCCUGAUCUCUUUGUCUGUCUGUUUCUGCUGAGUCGGACUGAAGGCACUUUGUGGUUCUCUGAAUGUCUGACUGUUAAUCGUGUGGAGGUCAGACCAGGUGGAACCAGGUUUGAUAUGUUUUAAAGAAUCCUGUUUGUUUUAUUUAAGGGCUGAAAAUAACAUUUCCACUCCACUGAACCUCUUUUAUUAAAACCACUUUAACUCCAUAUUUACUCUUCUUUUAAAACCAGUGUACUUUAAUCCAAGCUGGACUUAAUCGUAGCUGUCCUUUAAAGCUUUCCUUUUUAAACCAGUUUAACUCCAGUAUAUCUAUUUACCUUAAAGUGUUUAACUCUGCUUGAAUCUUGACAUAAACUCCAGUAUAUAAGUAUAUUUCCAGCACAGUAUUUUCUACAUGUACAUCAUUUGAACUCUGUUAACAUCACUUUAUAACGGCUUGAUUUCAUUUGAAUCCUGGUUGAAAUUGUGGUUUGACUCUGGUUCAUUUCAAGUUUAACUCCAGUGCAUUUCAUAUUUAAUCAUGUGACCACCAGAAUUUUAAUCAUGGUUUAACUCCAGUUUAUCUCUACAUGAACUCCAGUUUAACCCUGUUUUUAUUUAGGUUUAAUCAAGGUUCAGCUCAAGUCUAACUAUGGUUUUAAUCAUAUUUAAUCCUUAGUUUCAGGUUAAAUCCUUUCUUAACUCCAGUUUAACUCUUCAUGAACUCCAGUUCAACUCCAGUUUAACUCUACAUGAACUCCAGUUUAACUCCAGUUUAACUCCAGUUUAACUCUACAUGAACUCCAGUUUAACUUUACAUGAACUCCAGUUUAACUCUACAUGAACUCCAGUUUAACUCUACAUGAACUCCAGUUUAACUCCAGUUUAACUCUACAUGAACUCCAGUUUAACUCUACAUGAACUCCAGUUUAACUCCAGUUUAACUCUUCAUGAACUCCAGUUUAACUCCAGUUUAACUCUACAUGAACUCCAGUUUAACUCCAGUUUAACUCCAGUUUAACUCUACAUGAACUCCAGUUUAACUCUACAUGAACUCCAGUUUAACUCUACAUGAACUCCAGUUUAACUCCAGUUUAACUCUACAUGAACUCCAGUUUAACUCUACAUGAACUCCAGUUUAACUCCAGUUUAACUCUAGUUUUUUUGUUUAGUCUGCGGUAGAACUGUACGUAAUUGAUAAUGGAAAGAAAGUACUGACACUAAAACUUCCUGUUUACAGUUUGUGUGUUUUUACUUCCUGAAUCUAUUUUAUGUUUCGAUGUUUUAUUUUACUUCAUGAAAUGGUAUUGUUCUUGUGUCCCACACUAUCAGAUUCACGGUACGCACGGUGGUAAAGAAACGUGUUUCCUGUUUUAACAAAAUAAAACUGACUGAUAAAUAAAGUGUAUAAAUACAAAGAG